AAUUUAUCCAUAAAUUUUCCCAAUUCUAACGAAGGUGGGCUUUAUUUAGGAUCGUCCGGGCCAUUCGAUUUCCAUUUCAUUAGGGAAAAAAUGCUUGUUUCUGUCUUCCUUUACAUUCCCGCAGUGAGUGAAGCUCAGCUCAGCUCAGAGAACGAAGACGAAGGCGAAGAGAAGUAAACAAUGGGAAGCAGACUCGGUAGAAGAGUAGUUCACUUCGCUAACCUACCCAUCAAACUUCUCAUGCCCACUACUUUCAACAACAUCACAGAAAUCGCUCUCAAGACCAUUCCUUCCGCUUCCAAGAUCGAAAUCAAGCGCGUUCUCGAAUCCCUCUACGGAUUCGAGGUCGAGAAAGUCCAAACACUAAACAUGGAAGGAAAAAAGAAGAAGCGCGGUGGCAUUUUGAUCGCCAAGCCCGACUACAAGAAGGCCUACGUUACUCUCAAGAACCCUCUCUCUAUCUCGCCGGACCUUUAUCCCAUUCGGAUUAUCGAGGAGGAGAAGCGGCAGAUGAGUAAGCAGUCGAAAUCCAGUGUGGUCGAGGAAGGAGAGACCAAGAGACAUUGGCUUGAUGGGAAGAAGGAGGAUCAAACUCACACACAGACUCAGAGAUAUAGGCCUGGCAGGUUUAGGCCCGAGAGGGUUAGGCCCGAAAGGACUUCUUCCGUCAGUCGCGGUGAGAGCGAGGCUAAGUUCCCAUGGAGCAGCAUGAGGUCUUCUGGUGCUGGAGCUAGGUAGUUCUUUUUCUUUCAUUUUUAUGGAAAUGGGUCUUAUAGUUUUCAGAUGUUCUGAAAGCGGUUUAUGUUAUCUGAGUUGAGAUAAUGAAUUAUUGCUAUGUAAUAACCUUCCUUUGAUGAAUUUUUGUUUUGUAAGGACACAGAUAAUGAGUAAUAGUUUUUCUUGAUUGAAA